UGUCUCAGUGUUUUGUCGGGUGGAGGGGAACUUCACGGCGGCUACGGGUGUGGCUUCAAACGUGAUAAAUCUCUACGUGGGGAAAGAAAUGCGCGAUGACAGUACGGAUUAAGGCAGAAAAAUACCUAAACUAGAGAUUAAGGAUAAAAAUCCUGUAAUAAGUGGGGAGUUUGCGUCCAGUAUCGUAGGCAGCGGAGAUUUGUGUGCUCGGUUUUUCCAACAGCUGGAAUACUUUUUAAUACUGAACUUCGUGGCCCGUUUUUGUUUAACCUGCUCUAAUGAUUUGUUGCGCAGAGUAGCUUAAAGUCAGUCAAUAAAAGUUCCUCAAGUUUUCUUUCGGACUACUUUGCGCUCGCAGAAAGCACAAAUGUUGACCAACUGACUGAGCAAUUAACGAGUUUUGGGAAAUUUUCGACCGGUUGCUAGAAAAAUUGCUUGUUUUUUUUCUCUUUCAUUUCCUUCCCUCUCGCGGAUGAACGGACUCCGUCACGUUUUUCGCAACUCACCAAAAAGGGAAGUCGUUCUGUUCAACUUAAGCCCUUGUUUUUAAAUAAGGGAGUUCGUCUUUAAAUACUUUUUUCCCAGGUAAUAUUUUCCCACUAAACAGCAGACCUGAAGCGUGCACUGGGAACCAUGGGUUGUACAGUUAGUCAGGAAGAUAAAGCCGCGGCCGAGAGGUCUAAAAUGAUUGACAAAAACUUGAGAGAAGAUGGAGAAAAGGCGGCGAGAGAAGUGAAAUUGCUGCUACUGGGUGCUGGAGAGUCUGGGAAGAGCACCAUUGUAAAGCAGAUGAAGAUUAUUCAUGAGGAUGGCUACUCAGAAGAUGAGCGUAAGCAGUACAGAGCAGUUGUGUACAGCAACACAAUCCAGUCCAUUAUGGCAAUCAUCAAAGCCAUGGCCAACCUCAAGAUUGACUAUGAGGAAGCUACUAGAGCGGAUGAUGCCCGCCAGCUGUUUGCGCUGUCUGCAUCUGCAGAGGAGCAGGGCAUCCUGCCAGAAGACUUGGCUAACGUCAUCCAACGACUUUGGGCCGACGGUGGCGUGCAGAGCUGCUUCACACGGGCCCGAGAGUACCAGCUCAAUGACUCCGCAGCCUACUACCUUAAUGACCUGGAGAGGAUAGCCAAGUCAGAGUACAUCCCCACACAGCAAGACGUGCUGCGAACCCGUGUUAAGACCACCGGCAUCGUGGAAACACAUUUCACUUUCAAGGAUCUGCACUUCAAGAUGUUUGAUGUUGGAGGCCAACGGUCUGAAAGGAAGAAGUGGAUCCACUGUUUUGAGGGGGUCACAGCCAUCAUCUUCUGUGUAGCCAUGAGUGCUUAUGACCUGGUGCUGGCAGAGGAUGAAGAGAUGAACCGGAUGCAUGAGAGCAUGAAGCUGUUUGACUCCAUCUGCAACAACAAGUGGUUCACAGAGACGUCCAUCAUCCUGUUCCUCAACAAGAAGGAUCUGUUUGAGCAGAAGAUCGUCCACAGCCCUCUGACCAUCUGCUUCCCCGAGUACACCGGCCCCAACAAGUACGAGGAGGCUCAGGCUUACAUCCAGACCAAAUUCGAAGACCUGAACAAGAAGAAGGACACCAAGGAAAUCUACCCCCAUUUCACCUGCGCCACUGACACCAAGAACGUUCAGUUUGUGUUCGACGCUGUCACCGAUGUCAUCAUCAAGAACAACCUGAAGGACUGUGGCCUCUUCUAAAAAUAUGUCUGCGAAAGAGUCAAGACUACUUGAACAUUUCUGAUGACCAUAAAGAUGGGGGAACAUAGACACAUGAUGAAUGACUGCACUGUCCCACCACGAUUUCUGCUUCAAUCUGCUUUUUAUAAGGACACCUAAGAGACUGAAAACCUGACGAGCCUUGCAGAUUUCCAACAACCGCUGAUCCAGUUGCUCGUAUUGUUAACUCUUUAGGCAAUGACCACAAAAAUCAACAUGUAUUCUAUUUUUGUUCUUCUUUUUUUGUCUUCUUUAUUUUCAAUUACUAGAGGAGGGAAAAGCAAACUUUUUUAUAUAAAUGCAAACAUGUUACUUUUAGAGAUCCUGAUGUGCAGAUUAUUCAACUUUUAAUCACACAAAUCUUAUUUUUUAAGAUAUGAAGCACAGGCAUGGGCAUAAAAUGAUUGACAAAAGGAAAGUGUAUUUUUUUUAAAUAAAGCUUACAUCAGUUCAUCAUUCAUAGCCUAACCGUAUAUCGCUCUGCAUGACUCCACAUGUCAGAUAUUAGCUCUAUAAUCUGCACAAAUUAUCUAACAUUCCUACAAAAAAUAUAAAACAACUACAAAAAAGUUUUACAAAAUUUAAAAAAUGGCUUCACCUGCAGGGGAAAUUAUGGCAAAAUUCUAACAUGUAUUUAAAGUAUGUGUACCUAACGUUCUAUCACCUUUUGUAGUACCAUUUCUGUGUCUAUUGCAGUAUGUUUGUGCCUUUACUUCUGUUUACAGCCAAUUCCUAGAUAUGCUUUCAGUAAUGUUUGACCUACUGUGCUCCUAAAAUUUUCUUCCAUUCUAUGCCUAGCACCUAUGAAUAUAUAGUGAUUAUUAAUGAGAGACGAAAUCUAAUUCAGAAAAAGGUUAGUGUUUUUGGUAAAUAUUAAAAUGCUUUCAAAGUCCUAUAUGAUUUAAUUUAAAUAAAAGUAGACACCACCUGA